CUGAACUUUGACCUCGAAGGAGAUUCCGUCCUUCACUUCCUGUAUACACUAUACGGCGAGUCAGGGUCGGGCGACGGUGAGGGUAUAGGAGGUGAGAAGAAUAUCGAUUUGGAAACUCCGGCUGUCACAUAAACACUUAAUUAGUUGGCAUCAUGAGCUGGAUUCCUUUCAAGAAUAACAAUCCAAAAAAACAAAUAAUUUCUAAGACGGUGGAAAGAGACUUUGAACGAGAGUAUGAAAAGCUUCAAAAAUUAGAAGAUCAAACAAAAAAACUUCAUAAGGACAUGAAGAAAAGCACAGAGGCUGAUACAGCUAUGUCAAAAGCAGCAGUGAAAAUAUCUUCUGACCUGCUAUCCAACCCACUGUGUGAGCAAGACCCUCAAUUCUUGAAGUCUAUGACAGCUCUGGACACAGCCAUGCGCAGAAUGGAUGCCUUUAAUCAAGAAAAGGUUAACCAGAUACAGAAAACGGUCAUUGAGCCUCUCAAAAAAUUUAGCAGUGUGUUUCCAAGCCUCAACAUGGCAGUAAAGAGGAGAGAGCAGACACUGCAGGACUAUAAGCGGCUGCAGUCGAAGGUGGAAAAGUAUGAGGAAAAGGAGAAGACAGGACCCACCAUGGUUAAGCUGCACCAGGCACGUGAAGAGUUGAGGCCCGUGCGUGAAGAUUUUGAAGCAAAGAAUAAGCAGCUUUUAGAGGAGAUGCCAAAAUUCUAUCAUAGCCGCAUUGAUUACUUUCAGCCCAGCUUUGAGGCUCUUAUCAGGGCUCAGGUGGCCUAUUUCACAGAAAUGCACAAGAUUUUUGGAGAACUAACAGAGCAGAUUGACCAGCCAGGACUGACGGAUGAACAAAGGGAACGGGACAACGAAGCCAGGCUGAGCGAGUUGAAGGCUCUGUCAAUAGUGGCCGAUGACUGAGGACAGGUCAAGUUUGACAUGGGCUUAAAAUCUGAGAAAGUGAUCUUGACAGCUUGAGACUCUGAUUGGCCUGUAUCUGCUUCUCAGAAGACUUGGGUUUUUAUUGGUUUUUGGGACAAAUGUCACAAGACAACCCAGUGCAGUUCUUUGCUGCUUGUUUCUGAGGACCAGUUUGCAGGGAUAUCUGAAUACAGGGAAGAGACGGGUGCCUACUGACUGACCUUUUAUUUAUUUUCUUUUUCCAUGUCCUUUCAAAUGUUCAUUUUCAAAGUAAAAAUUUUAAAUGUAACCACAGCACAAGGCAAAAACCAGAUCUAAAAGCAGGGCUACAGCACCCCCUUGUGACUGCAGAGGGAAUGACAGCUGAUUAAUAUUUCAUGGAAAUGCUUGAUCUUGAAAAUUAAGGGUCGGGACAGAAGGCCGAUUUUAGACAUCCAGCAAUUAAGCUUAUCAUGCAUUUUUAAACAGUUAUCUCCGUUUGUUUAAGGGCAUUUUUGAUGGCCAAAGUUGUGAUUUUCUAGCCAGUACAAUUAUGCCGUUACCAUCAGAGGAGCUUGUAAAAGUAUGUCAGAGAAACAUAAUCUUUUAAGCCUUUUAUUCUUUUGUAUGUGUGUACAUAUAUUAUAUAUGUAUAUAACAGAUUCUCCUUGAAGCCUGCCAUUUCUGUUUCUCUGUUGUUUUCCCAUUUUGAAGGCUGUGGGCUUUGGCUUUCUUUUUAAUUCAGUUGCCAGUGCACUAUGUGGUGACACAGGACCACUAAGACCCGAGACCAAGGCCGUGUCUGUUCUACUAAAAGGCCAACCUGCCACCUGAAACCAGGGGUCUGCUUCAUCUCAGCUUGGCUCAUGGAUGAAUUUUCCUCUACAGCUUUUCAGAUAAAACAGUGGGGAUAUUUUGUAUUUUUUAGAAGAUGUGUUUUGUUAUUUUAUUUUUUAAUGAGCUUUUAAUGAGAUGUUCUAUCUUUUAAAUGUGCACCUUAUCUGCAUUUAUGUGUGUGUGUAUAUAUAUAUAUAUAUAUAUAUAUAUAUAUAUAUAUAUAUAUACACAAAUAUAUGUGUGAGGGCAAACUGUACAGAAAGUAUUAGGGCUGUCACCAAUUAAAAAAAAACAUUGAAGUAGUUUGAGCUGUGCAAUCAUUAAUUUGAGAAGAUAGUUUGGUGAUUCUUGUUUACAGAAGUGUUGAUUUGAGGAUGUAUUUACUUAUAAACUACAAAUUUUGAAGCA